AUGUAUGCUUACUCGGAUCCUGAAUAUCUUAAAAAUCAAACUGUAUAUAAACGCUCAAAACCAUCCGACAUAUAUAGUCUUGGAGUAUUAUUUUGGGAAAUAUCUAGUGGGAUACCUCCUUUCAAAGAUAUGCAGCCUUACGAAAUUCCUCUAAAAACCAUCAAAGGCGAGAGGGAAACUCCAGUGGAUGGUACUCCCGUAGACUAUAAGGAACUUUAUUGUAAUGCUUGGCAUCACGACCCAGAGCAACGUCAAAAAAUUGAAGAUAUUUGUCUCAAACUUGACAAUAUCCAACUAGAACCUGUGUUCAAUACUCCUCAUGAAAAUAUUCAACCAAAACCCGAUCAUAUUAACGCAGAAACUGAUUUGUAUAUCCAUGAUUUUGUUUCCACGUCUGAUUCCAUAGAAAAAUCCGUCAAGUCUUUUAGUGCAGAAAAUGAACCAACGGCUAUCGAACAUGAUCUCGGAAAGGAUCUUUCCAACGGAAACGAAAUUAUAAAAGAUGAUAACAAACCAAUUCAAUUUCACUCGAGAUUAGCUGAAAAUGAAGAUACCAAAAGACAAUCGAGAAUAAUUCCUUUGUUAUUCUUAAUUUCAGUAAUAAUAUUUGAUGAGUUUUUUAUUGAAUAA